UAUUUUGUCAUGCUUAUUAUCAUAUUGUACAAAUCACGAUUAAGCAAUUGUGACUUGCGAAUUGUUUUGUAUGUUUGUGACCUUAUUUUUCGUAAUUCUAUUCGUUCGUGACAUUUUUUGAUAUUUUGGCAUUCACUUAUUUGUUCAACGUUUUCUUUUUGUAAGUGUAACUUAAUUUAUCAUUGGACAUAUUUCGUGAUAAAUUAGUAGAAUAUAUUUGUUGUUAAGAUAUUCCUUUGGCAAAAUAAAAAUAAUCAGGUAUGCCCGUUAAGGUAGACAUUACACCGAGACCACCAGCUAAUUCUAAACAACUAGGUGUCACUGGUUCAAUACUCUAUAGUGGUUCAAAAUUUCACGGAUACCAGAGGUCUAAAGGAAAUAGUUACGAAGUUGAAGUAGUAUUACAGUAUGUUGACGAGCAAAAUGGUUAUCUUUGUGGUUAUUUAAAAAUUAAAGGUUUAACUGAAGAGUUUCCUAAUUUGACUACAUAUUUUGAUGGUGAAAUUAUUAACAAAAAGUGUCCAUUUUUAACCAGGAAAUGGGAUGCAGAUGAGGAAGUUGACAAAAAACAUUGGAAUAAGUUUACUGCUUUUUGUCAGUAUGCCAAAACAUUUAAUUCAGAUGCAUUUGAUUAUGACGAAUUAAGGAAUGCAGAUCAUGUAUUUAUGCGCUGGAAAGAACAUUUUCUGGUACCUGACCAUACUAUUAGAGAUAUAAAUGGAGCAUCUUUUGCAGGUUUUUAUUAUAUAUGUUUUCAAAAAUCAACUUCAUCCAUAGAAGGUUAUUAUUAUCACCGAAGUUCUGAAUGGUAUCAAACACUUUGUUUAACUCAUGUGCCUGAACAUAGUACUCAAAUAUAUGAAUUUAGGUGAUUUGUCAAGUGUGUAACAUUUAUACCAUGGGUACCUACAUUUUACCUCAGAUCAGAGUUUCAAGCUUAUUGUGAUUAAUCAUCAAGCAUUUUCAUUUUGUUACAAUUUAUAAUUGAUUUAAUAUUUUUAGAAUUAUCAUGUAUACCAUGUAGAUGUAGUAUACUGUUUAAUUUUUACUGACUCCUAAACUAAACUAGUUUAUGUAUCCAGUUUCUAAGAAUAUAACGUUUUGAAUUAAUGAUCGGCAAUUUUUUCAUUUAAUUACAAAAUUUUGACAAAUAAAAUAUUUGUGGACAUAGUAAUAAUGUUUGUUUUUUAACCACGCAGUAUUACAUCCACUUGACAACAAUAAAAAACUUAUCAAAGGCUCACUUUAUUUUAUUUAUAAAAUAUCCACUAAACAUUUUUGAGGAAAUAAUCAUGGUUUCCCUAAUUUAUCUUUGAGAUUUUUAAAUUAACUAGACAUUUGUAUUGAAAAUGUAAUACAAAAUUUUAGUCAAUUCAAUUAGCCAUAAAAAAUAAUAUACUAUUUAGUCAAUAUAAUUAUUAUAAAAAUCUCACUAUUACUAUUUAUUACAAGAUGAUAAUAUUGAAUGUUAACUUUUUUUGUAUAAUAAUCACUUAUGGUUUUAAAUGAUAUAAAAAAUAGUUUCUUAAUGAAAUAUUAUUGUGCUUAUACUAAGAAUUAGUUAAUUUAAGAACAAUGUAAUGAUUUAAACCCUUAAAUUUUAAAUUGUGAGUAUGAUUAUAAAAAUUAUUAUAGUUAUUUUUCUGUUGUACAAUUUAAUUGACUGUGAUUACAUUUAAAUGUGUUGCUUAGUUGUUUUUAUGUAUUAUUUUACAUUUUUUUUUCAUACAACUA